UGUUUUAAGUGCCAGGUUUUAUUUUAGUAUUUUUAAAACAUAUCAUUUUAUUAAAUAAAUUUUUUAAUGCCUAAAUUAAUAAUUUUUACCACAAUACCACAAGGAAUUUUUUAAGGAAGACCUUGUUUGGGGGAUAUCCAUUAAAAAAAAAAUUAAAAUGAAAAGGAAAACAGGAAAAAAAUUCCUAUCGAAAAAGUAAAAGGCAGUAGGAGACUCCAGGUCCUAUAGCACUGGAAAAAAAAUGCCAAGGAACCUGUUCGACUCGUAAAUUCUUCCAAUUUUUUCCUCGCACCUUCUUCCUGUAACUGUAAAACAGGAAAAGAAAGAGAAAAAUAAAAACAAGGAAGCAACCGAAGGAGCUAAAAAACCUUUCAAGGUGUUUCAGUUUCAGUUCCAGUUUUUAUUUUAUUUUUUUUUCCCCAUUUGGUUUUUUUAAUUUUUUUGGUAAAGGGAAAAGAUGAAGAAGAAUGCACUUAAAACUAAAGAUUAUUAUACGAACUCCCUUAGUAUUUUACUGUUUUAUUUUUUACAUUUCUUGGGGACCGGACUUUGAACUUAAAAGUCCGCUUUUUAUGAAAAACAACAUUCUUUUUUUUUUCUUAAUUUCUAUACAAAAAAAUAAACAACCAUAUAAAUAAAUUAAAAAAAAAAAAAAAUAAAUAAAGAAAAACAAAAAAGCGAAUUGCCAAAACAAAACAAAAAACGAGAAAAACGCAGCAGAAAUGUAAAUUUUAUUGGCGUUUUUGGAGCGUUUUGUGUGCGGUUAAUGUCGCGCGCGUUUUAGGCGCGAUUGUGAAGCGUUUCGAGCGCGUUUCCGACGGUGAUUUCAUCUUCUUUCUUUCUUUUUUUCUCCCAAAAAAAAGGCAGAUAAAAAAAACGCAACUGUAUUUAUUGUAAAAAAAAAAAAACAUUUAUUCGACCAAAAAAAAAUAAAUUAAAAAUAAAAACAAACAACAACAACAGAAGCAACAACAAAUGUACAAAACAAGAAAUCCAUUGAAAUGCCAAAAAAGAAAAAACAAAACAAAAACCUAAUCAAUUAAAUUAGAGAACAAGAACAAUUAAAUGUGCCAACUAUAAUUUACCAAAUAAAAAACAAAAAAUAAAAAACAAAAUCUAUGCCUAAAAAAAUAAUAAAUUACACUGAAAAAAGCACUUAUCCCAAAAAGAGAACGAAGAGAACUCGAGAGGAGAGAGUAGUAAGAGUGAAAUAAUAAAAAAUAAUAACUAAACAAAAGCCAUAGUAAUAAGAUAAAACAACAACAAAAUAUAUAUUUAAUGAAAUAUAUUAAUUAAUAAUUAAAGUAAAAACUAAAAAGGGGCCAACAAGUACAAUUUGAAAAUCCAUCAAAAUGCGAUUCACCUACAAUCAGUAUAAACAUUACGAGUCCGGAUAUCGGAUUCCAUCCAAAAUGCAUAAUCUUGGCCAUCAUGGUGGUGCCAAUGGUGGCGCCAACAAUUCCAAUGGUGGCCUAAACCACAACAACAACAACAAUAACAAUAAUGGUGGCAACAACAAUGGCCACCAUUAUGGCCAUCACAACAACAAUAGCAGCAAUGGCGGCAACAAUAACAAUAACAUGCAAGCCUACCAACAUCAUUACAAAAGCAACUUUGGCAUGAGGAUGACCAUGUCCACCAACUCCACAAUGAGCGCCCGAAUACAUCGGAAGGGCUUUCGAAUCCCAUCGAAGAGACAGCCGGGCAAGGGAUUGCCCGGAAAGCUGCAUACUAUUACCAGGGCGGGUCCUGGCAAGAUGGUUCCUGGAAAGCGAAUACCACAGCGCCCCCACCCGCCCCCCUGCGACAACUCCAACGACAGCGGUCUCGGCUUCGAUCAGCACACGGAGCUGCGAGCCUCUGCGGCGGCGGCGGCGGGGGGCGUGGUCGAUGGGGCCAGCGGCAGUGGGGCGAGUGCCGGCGGACAGCAGCGGUCCGGUCUGCUGGUCAACAGCGCUCUCACCAAUACAGUGGCGGCAGCAGCGGCCGCAGCAGCAGCUGCAGUGGCAAGCAACACGUUGCAGCAACAUCAUCAGCACCACCAGCAGCAGCAACAACAACAACAACAGCAGCAGCAGCAGCACCACCAACAACAACAACAUUCACCGCAGCAGCAUUUAAUUCGAGCGAUACCUGUAUCAAGAUCGCGACACGCCAAGAAAAUGAUGGGAGGACACUACCUGGAGGACCUGGAUCUGGUAUCGGCGUCCUCCUCCUCCGAGGACUCGGCCAAUUCGACGCCAACGCCGACGGCGACGCCAACGGGCAGCCUGGACGAGGAUACGGGAUUUGUGAACGACACCACCCGGGAGGCGACAUCGUCGUCGGGCGGUGGGUCGCAGGAUCCGUUCGGUGGCGUCUUCCAGGCCACCGAAGCGGCUGUGGCGGCGGCGGUGAAUGCCUUCCAGCAGCAGCAGCAGCAGGCGCAGUUCCAGUAUACUGGAUUUAUUCAACAGCCAGGACAUCAUCAUCAUCAUCAUCAGCAGCAGCAGCAGCAGCAGCAGCAGGAGCAACAGUCGCACCAUCAGCAGCAGCAGCCGACGAGUCAUCGUGGCUAUGAUCAUCAUCAUCAUCACAACAAUCAUCAUCAUCAUCAUCGGGGCAAGCACAUCAAGCGGAAGCGGCUGGAGUGCAACCAGGUGGAACUGGACAACGAUGACGCCUGCAGCGAGGACGAGUUCAUCCGCAAGAUAGCCAGCUCAGUGGCGGCCACCUCCUCCUCCACGCCCGUUUCUGCCUCCUCCGGAGAGGCAUCUCCGACUGCCACCGCCAUUGCUCCUGCUGCUGCACCUGCCACGCCCACUGUCACUGUCAGCCUACUGUCGCGUCAGAACAACAACAACAACAACAAUGGCAAUGAGACAAAAUUUAUUUCAUCCCGUACCGUGACCCGAGUGGCCAAUAAAAGGCAACCCCAGACCCCACUCAACAGCAUCGCCAGCUCCAAUGACGGCCAGGUCCAGCUGGAGAUCGUCUCCCAGCCGGAGCAACAGCACCGAGCCCGCUACCAGACCGAGGGCAGUCGUGGUGCUGUCAAGGAUCGGAGUGGCAAUGGCUUCCCGAUCGUCCGGCUAACCGGCUAUGACAAAUCCGCCGUACUCCAGGUCUUCAUCGGCACGGAUAUUGGACGGGUGGCGCCCCAUAUGUUCUACCAGGCCUGCAAGGUGGCCGGCAAGAACUCGACGCAGUGCAACGAGAAGAAGGUCGACGGGACGAUGGUCAUCGAGAUUGAUUUUAAGCCCGAAACGGACAUGACCAUCACCUGUGAUUGCGUUGGCAUCCUAAAGGAACGCAAUGUGGAUGUGGAGCACCGUUUCCCAGAGCACCUCGCCCAGAAGAACAAAAAGAAGUCCACUCGCUGCCGGAUGGUGUUCCGCACCCAACUAACCCGGGACGAUGGCACCACCGAGACCCUUCAAGUCUGCUCGAAUCCCAUCAUUUGCACUCAACCACCUGGUGUCCCAGAGAUUUGCAAAAAGUCUCUAAACUCCUGUCCCGUCGAUGGUGGUCUUGAACUCUUCAUUAUUGGCAAGAACUUCCUCAAGGACACGCAUGUGGUGUUCCAGGAGACCUACGACAGUGUCAACGGCGAUGAUCCCGCCACGGAGAUAGCAGUUCGCCAGCAACUGAUUGGAGGAACAGCUGCCCUUUGGGAGCAGAGUGUCCUACCGGACAAGGAGUAUUUGCAUCAGACCCACUUGAUAUGCACAGUACCGCCGUAUUUGCAUCAGAACAUCCUGAAGCCCGUCCAGGUGCAGGUGUCGAUCAUCUCGAGCGGCAAGAAGAGCGAACCGCACACCUUCACCUACACGCCCAAGGGACAGUACACGACGCUGGCGGCGGCCAGUACGUUAAGUAACACAAUCCACGCCCAAGAUGUGAGCAGUUUCAUGGACACCACAGCAGCGCCCAGCGCCAGUGGCUCCAGCGGCUCCAAUGGGGCCAGCGGUGGCUGGAACUCCGGAUCAGCGUCCGGCAAUCCCAACUCGUCGGGUGUCACGGAUGCCGUUGAGGCGAAACAUGAAAUCGAUUCCGGAAUGAUGCCGCCACCGAUCACCACCCAAAUACCGAUGGGCGUGCGUCGCUCCUCCCUGCCCAGUGCCACGCCCAUGAUCACCGACCAGCAGCUGGUCCAUCUGAAUGCCGUGGCCGCCAGUGCCGAGGCCCUCAAGACGGAGCUCCUCGACGAGAGCAGCUCGCACAGUCCCCUAACCGGGGAAUCAACGCCGGACAGUCCCAACGCCGCCAUGCAGUACCAUCAUCGAUUUGCCCGGAAGACCAGCCUGGACACCAUCAUGUACGAUCAGUCGAAUAGCCUGCCCGGUUUCCCGGCCGUGGUGGCUCCGGCAACGGCUGCCGCGGUGGCCGCCGCCGUGGACAUCGAUCCGGCUGCUGUGGCUGUCGCCGUGGAGCUGGCGGUCAAGAAUGAGAUUGUCAAGCAUGUGGUGCAGCAGCACCAGCAGCUCCAGGAGCAGAUGCAGGAGCAGGUCCAGCAGCAGAUCCAGGAGCAAGUCCAGCAGAUGCAGGAACAAAUGCAGGAGCAGCAGCAGCAGCAACAGCAGCAGCCGGCGGCGGUUCAGGUGCAGGUUCAGCAGCAGCAGCAACAACAGCAAGUGCACAAGUUCAUCGACGAACUGACCAAGUCCACGUCCGUGGUCAGCAGUAAUGGGACCUCCGAACCGGCCCUCUUCACCACCUCGGCGGUCAUCGACCACGCCCUGACCGACAUCCUGCAGGCCAAGGUGGGCAUCGCCCCGCCCAAUGUCGUCCUCGAGCGGAGCCUCUCGCUGAGCAGCACCAACUCCUCCAGCUCGCUGAGCGGCACGGAGAGCUCACCCAACAGUUCACCCCUGACCCAGGACAUCAUACUCAACUCGGAGCCAGCAGCAGCUCUGGCCGGAGCAGCCGGUCUCGCCCCAGCUCCCGUCGAUGUAUCCGGCGGUCUAUCCACCGACAUCAUCAUGAAUCCCGCCGUGUCGCCGUCGACCAUACUGUGCUCGGCGAAUGGCGCCGCCACCGCCGUAGUGCCCAAUAUCCUAGCCCCCCACCAGGUCACCAUGGCCAACUCGAUCCUGAACGACAUCGCCAUGCAGCCGGAGCCCACCCAGCAGGACGCCGCUGUGGCUGCUCUCGCCUUGAGCAACAUUAUGAUGAGCCCGCCGACAGCGGCCUCGGGUGUGGGCGUGGUGGACGCCAUGCCGCCCACGCCGGCCGUCAUGCAGCCCGAAGUGGCCGCCACCGCGACCUCCACGGCCGUCAGUAAUAUGAUUAUUAAGGCGGCGGCGGAUUUCAUUACCACCCAGGAGCAGGAGCAGCACCAUUACCGCGCAGCUGUCGUCCCGCCAUCCGCCGUGGAGACCGCAGCCGGAGAUCCUCUGGUCAAUCUUCUGCUGAAUCACUCAACCACCCAGGAAACAGCAGCUGCCGCCGCCGCAGCCGUCGCUGUGGAGGCCGCCAACUUCCAGUCGAUGAACCAUCAUGGCCGGCAUGUGGCCAGCCAUCGGGGUCAUCAUGUGACCGGACACCAUCAUGUAACUGGCCAUCAUAUGCCGGUGGUGCCGCCGACACCACAAGAAUCUCUGAUCGUGGCGCUGGCCAGCGAGAAUGCGUUGCAGAAAUCGGUGGCCACCGCCGCUGUGACCACCAAUGGAGCGGUGAUGACCCAGCAGGCCUCGGCGCCCACCACGGCGGGCAGCAUCCUGCCGGCGGCAGUGGGCGCUGUGGCAGCUGCCGCCGCUGUGGCUGUCCAGCCGCCCAUUCCCCAGGAGCUGACCACCAUGUCGGACCAGGAUCUGAUCAGUUAUAUCAAUCCGAGCACCUUCGAUCAGCUUUAAAUGGCUUCAGAUCAACAAAUUAAACUACGUGGACUUGCUUCUAAUUUUUUUUUUUUGAAAUAAGAGUAAUUGUUACUCCUACACAGGCCUAGUUUUAAGAAAAAAAAUCUAUAUUGUAGAAACCCCCCAGAAAAAAAAAAACAAACACGGACAAAAUUUUAAAACUAAAUGGUUUCACGAAAAGGACCAAUUUUUUUUUACCAUAAAAAAAAAGAAAAGAAAAACAAAACACUAGUAGUUUGUAAUUUUUGCUUACGUUUUAGGUAUAAAAAUUAUGUAUAAUUAUUAUUUUUUUUUUAUAUCAUUUAAAUAUUGAUUUUUGGAAGAAAAAAGUCAUCUUAUCUCAAAAGGUUUAAAAUAAAACAAUGAUAACGACUGCCAUAUACCUAAAACAAAAAAAAAAAAAAAACAAAAACAAAAAAGAAAAUCAACUCCCGAAACAAGAAUAUAAAAAAAUGGAAAAUUAAUGAACAAAUCGAACUAAUUCCCUACUACAAUGUAAAAUAUAUAUCUAUUUUUUUUUUGUUUAAAGUCUGAUUUGUAAAUUGUUUCUCUUUUUUUACAUUUUUUUCUUUAAUGAGUUAAGUUUCAUUUAAAUAUUAAAAACAAAAUAAUCUUACCUUUUUGGGAUUUAAGUUAAGUUGGAAAAUAUAAUUUCUUUUUUGGUUUAAAAAAAAACACAAAAACAAAUACAAUUAAUAAUUUAUAAAAAAAAAUAUAUAUAUUAUAUAUGUUUAUGUGUAGCUACGAAUAUAUAAUGAAUAUGCGAGGAAUUCCAAAAGACUUUUUUGAUUUAAAGAGAAAUGCAAUUAUUAUUUUGUUUAUGGUUUUUUUUUUAUUAAAUUUAAAUUUAAAAUUAAAUAGGAAUGGAAGGAUAAAGAUCCAAAUACACCUACACACACACAAAAUGAAACUGUAACUAAUGUUAUUAUAUAUAAAUAUUACUAUUAUUAUUAUUAUUAUUAUUAUUAUAAUUAUAUAUUGUAUGUUUAAUGUUGAUAGUUGUUAUGUAAUUAGUUGCGUAAGCCAGAUAUCGGAGAGUUAUCCUUUAGAUCACCUACCAUAUAGAGUGUAUUACAGUGAAACCACAAAAAAGCAGACAAACAAAACAAAAUACGAAAGAAACCAACCCGAAGCCUACAACGAGAAUUUGCGAUUUAAUUGUAGCAGUUAGCUUAAAAAUAAAUUCAUAAAUAUUCCUCCUCCAAGAUCCGAGAGUUUCAAAGAAAUCUGCAUUUGAAAGAAAAAAAUCCCACAAACCCACAACAAAAAAUCACUAAUUUAUAAACUUAAUAUAUAUAUGUAUGUUAAAUGUAAUGUACUACCGUAUUCUAUCAAUAUAACGAACCACGAAUUUCGCCCCACUUCCCCCAAGAAUGAAUUGAAUAUUUUUUAAAGAAACAAACGAAAAAAAAAAAACUGAAACAAAGAAAGCAACAGGCUGCUACAAUUAAUAAUUAUAUACCAAGAGUUUUUUUUUUUUUAAUAAUUUUUUUUGUGUAUUUGUAUUAAUUAAUAAUUAACGUAAAGCUUGAUAAACAAUUUGAUUGACAUACGUAAUCUAGAUGUUCAACUAUGGAGUCGAUAAAUGUGUUAACAAUCUCAGAGAUUGCAUAUAUUCCUCAUUAAAUGUUACAAAGUCAAUGAAUGAAGAGAGAGAUAGCAUCAGCUAGAGUGAAAGAGAAAGAGAGAGAGAGAUAGAGCGCUUGAGAAUUGUUAGUGUUAAAUGUUAUACACAUAUACAAAACAAAAAUAAUUUAUGCUAUAUAUAUAUACAUAUAUAUAUACACCCUGAAACACUAUAUAUCUAACUUUACAAAAAACAAAAAAAAAAUGAAUAAAAUGAAUGUAUUUUUGAUGUUCUUAUUGCCCAAGUGCAGAAGCUGAAAAAUCACUGAAACCAACACAACAACCUAUAGAUAACUUCCUCAAAAAGAUUCUAGAACCAGAAAUUUUCGAAAACCCAUCCAACAACAGCCCAUCCUCCUAACCCUCCUAGCCACCUUACAGAAAAAUAUAUUUAUCUGCUCGUUAUCUCUUUUUAUGUGAAUAAAAAAUGAAAAUUUUUUUGCAAAAAAAAA